AUGCUGCGCGCCCUCGCGCCCUUCUCCCGCUCCUCUCUCGGGCCACAGCUUCGCCGUUGGGCUUUAAGCGCUCGUGCGUCGUGGCGACCGCUCGGCGCGCAGACGUACGGGACGCUGCGAGGGGACAACAAGACGUCGAUUAUGCUCCAGGUCGAAGACGGACCGGGCGCGCUGCAGGAGACGCUCAAGUUUUUCUGGAAACACGACGUGAACAUGACGCGGAUCGAGUCGCGACCGGCCAAAGGCCAUAACAUGAACUACAGUUUCUACAUUGACUUUGAGGGCAAACGCGGCCAGCCAGAGGUGGACGAGCUCAUGCAGGACUUGGCGCGGAACUGCCUCGAUGUGGUCGUGCUCCACGACAAGAAAGUUCCGUGGUUCCCUCGCAAGAUCUCGGAACUUGACCGCUCAGUGGCCAACGUCUUGGACGCUGGCACGGAUCUAGAGUCGGAUCACCCGGGCUUUAGUGACCAAGAGUACCGUCGACGUCGAAACGUGUUUGCGGAGAUCGCUCAGAACUACCGGCAGGGAGAUACGAUCCCGUACCUGGACUACACGGAGGACGAGGUGAAAACAUGGGGAGUCAUUUACAAGAAGAUGAAAGCGAUGUGGAAGCAACAUGCGUGUGACGAGUUCAACUACAUCACGCCUCUGCUCGAGAGCAACUGUGGCUACGCUGAGGACAACAUUCCGCAGCAGCGGGAUAUCUCGAACUUUCUAAAAGAGUGCACAGGUUUCACCCUUCGUCCAGUAGGCGGACUUUUGUCGUCGCGCGACUUUUUGAACGGACUUGCGUUCCGGGUGUUCUUCUCGACCCAAUACAUUCGCCACCACUCGAUGCCUUUGUACACACCAGAGCCCGACAUCUGCCAUGAGCUCAUGGGCCACGCACCUAUGUUUGCGGACCCGGACUUUGCGGACUUUUCGCACGAAAUUGGUCUCGCCUCUCUCGGAGCCUCAGACGAAGAGAUUGAGCGUCUUGCCACUUGCUACUGGUUUUCCGUGGAGUUUGGACUCACGAAGCAGCAUGGCGAAUACAAGGCCUAUGGCGCUGGACUGCUUUCGAGCUUCGGAGAGUUGGAGUACGCUUGCGCACGGGAUCUUUCUGCAGAUAGCGUCGGGCCAGAGCACCGCCCGUGGGAUCCAUUCUCGGCGUGCAAGCAGAAAUACCCCGUCACAACCUACCAGCCUGUGUACUACGUGGCUGACAGCUUGUUCGAUGCAAAGGAAAAGAUGCGCACGUUUUGCGAAGAUCUGAAGAAGCCAUUCCAAGCUCGCUACAACCCGUACUCCCAGACGGUGAUGAUCGACCGUGCUGUGCAGCGCCAGGAGAGCUAG